UGUAAAAAUUAUUUAAAUAAAUUGUAAAAAGGAAAUUAUUAAAAAUUAUUAAUUAUAAGUUUUAACGAUUUUGAAAUAUAUUUGUAAAAAUAAUGUCAAAAUAUAGAAGUGCAAUUUGCAUUUUUGAAAAAUAUAUGCAGAAUAAUUUAACGUCAACUCAUACUAAUAAUCCAUUUAAUGAUACUUUUCAACAAAUUAGAGGUAUAAAAAAACAUUUUAAUCAAAAAUAUCGUAAAGAAAGAGGACAAAAAUUUAUCAAAAUAGAAUUACCCGAUUAUAAUAAAUUGGAAUUUGAAAACGAUGAAAUAAGAUUACAAAUGAAAAAAUAUGGAAUAAUGCCACAAAGAACUUGGAACGAAAGACCUAUUUACAUUUCCUCUACACCAGGAAUAUUUGAAAGUUAUAUCGUUCCAGAGGGUGAUGGAAAAUUUUCUCCUAUUACUACUAUGGGUGCAAAACAAAAAAUUGAAUUUAUAAACAAAAAGAGUAAAUCUUUCAUAGCUCUUAGAAAAAUCAAGGGAUAUGAAGAAAAUUACACAACUAAUACAUUUUUAGAACAAAUGUUGGAUAUUUAUAAAAAAGCACAUGAAGCCUUAUGCACUCAAAAAAAAGAUGAAAUACUUAAAUACGUUACAGAAACUGCAUAUCCAAUAAUGAUGCAUAAUAUAAAGAAUAAAACAAUUAUUUGGAAAUUUAUGGAAUCUUUGGAACCAGCACGUCUCGUACAUGCAAGAGUCACAAGCGUUGUGACACAGGGGAAUGAAUUUGCACAAGUCACUAUCCGUUUCCAUACUCAACAGAUUUUAUGCAUUUACGAUCGAUUCGGACGAGUUUUAUUAGGUAGCGAAAUAGUAAAAAAAGAUGUUUUGGAUUAUAUAGUAUUCGAAAAACAUUUAUCCAAUGAAUAUGGUAUUUGGCGAAUACAUGGAAAGAUCAUACCAGAUUGGAUGUCACCGAUCGAAAUAUCAUCAAAAACUUAUAUUUUGCCGAAAGAAAAAGAAAAGUCCUUAUCUACUGAUAAUGCUGUUGAAUCAGUUGCCGAAGUAGUACCUCCAGAAACUUUGGAUAAACAACAUGAUAAUGCAAAUACAUAAGAAUUAUUGUACAUAUUGAUUACAUAUAGAUAUUUGUUAUUAUAUUCGAUAAAUGGAAUAUUUAUGAAAUAUAUAAGUAAACAUAUAAA